AUGCCGUCACCCGACGCCGCACUCACCAUCCACCUCCUCUGCAUGCACGACAAGGACCGCGCCGCGUACCUGCGCGCCGCCGAGCACUCCCCGCCACCGCCGUCCCUCGUCCGUUCCGUCUCCAUCCACGACUGCGCCCUCGCGCAGCUCCCCGCCUCCGUGCGUCUCGACGCCGUCGUCUCGCCCGCCAACGCCUACGGCCGCCUCGACGGCGCCUUCGACGACGCCCUCUCGCGCGCCCUCGCCCCCGCCGACGACUACCACGCCCUGACCCGCGCCGCCCAGGCCGUCCUCUGGCGCGAGCGUCGCGGCUACGCGAACCCGGGCUCCUGCACCCUCGUGGGUCUCCCCGCGUCCUGGGCGGCCCCCGGCUCCUCGUCGGCGUCGCGCAACGUCUGGGGCGUCCGAUGCCUCCUGCUCUGUCCGACCAUGCGCGUCCCGGAAAACGUCACCUGGGACAAGGAAAUUGUCUACCGCUGCGUGUGGAGCAUGCUCUGCGCGGUGGACGCGCACAACCGCGCCGCCGCCGACGAGGACCGCAUCGCCUCCGUGCUCAUGACGCCGCUGGCGACGGGCGUCGGACGGGUCAACGAAAAUGUCUGGGCAGCGCAGCUGCUGCUCGCGAUGCGCCACUUUGACCUGGCCCUCAGGAAUCAGGACGAGUUUGCCGCGCUCGACGUCGACAGGAUCUUGACACUCGACGGCGAGAUCCGGGCAACCUACGAGUCAAACUUGCGUAAUGGUGACUCUUAG